GGGAUUAAAGAAGCAGUUGGUCCCAAUCCCAUAAGUGGGACUGUGUGAGUGCUCUCAGUGGCUUCAAAAUCACAGAACGCAUUUGAUUUGAACGGUGGAAGAAUAACGAUUUGAUUUGAAUUGAGGAUACUCCAACGACCAUACAUGGGGUUACCACUACUUUCUUAUGCAUUAUGGGAUCCUUCUCAUAACUUUGUUUCCCCCAGCUUGGAGUGUAUCUGUCCCUACCUUUCAGCUUCUAAGUCAUAUUCUCUUGGUUUGCAGUUUAAGUGCCCACAAUUUCACAAGGGUGGAUCAACAUUGCCUAGAGUUUUAGUUUGUGCUAGUCGAAAGCCCAAAGGUGUUGAAACUGUAUGGAGACGAAAACUAUUACCACAAAAUGUGGAUUUACCACCAAUUUUACCAAAGAAUAAGAAAAAACCAUACCCUAUUCCCUUUAAGGAAAUCAAACAGGCUGCAAGGGAGGAUAAGAAACUGGCACGCAGGGGAAUAGAGAAACCUCUUCAGCCUCCGAAGAAUGGAUUGCUUGUUCCAGACCUAGUUCCUGUUGCAUAUGAAGUGUUUGAUUCCUGGAAGCUUUUGAUUAAAGGUCUUGCCCAGCUAUUGCAUGUCACUCCUGUACGUGGCUGUAGUGAAUGCUCAGAAGUUCAUGUAGGUAAGACUGGUCACCGCAUUCGGAAUUGUCUUGGUCCUAAUAGUCGGCAGCGUCAUAGCUUGCAUGCAUGGGUAAAGGGUUCAGUCAAUGACAUACUUGUCCCAAUUGAGUCCUAUCAUCUUUUUGAUCCCUUUGGCAGGCGUAUUAAACAUGACACACGGUUUGAAUAUGACCGGAUUCCAGCUGUUGUUGAGCUUUGCAUUCAAGCCGGUGUUGAUAUCCCAGAAUAUCCUUCGCGCCGAAGGACCAAUCCCAUAAGGAUGUUAGGGAAUAGAGUAAUUGACAGAGGUGGACAUUUAGAGGAACCUAAACCAUGGCGCUUCGCGGACUCCUCUACUCUCAAUGACUUCGAUACUUACCGAGCUAGUGAGCGAUUUCCACAACCAUCAUUGGCAGAUGUACCUAAAAUUGCCCAAGAAACAAUUGAUGCAUAUGAAACAGUGAGGAAGGGUGUGAGGAGGUUAAUGAAGAAAUACACUGUGAAAGCAUGUGGUUAUUGCUCAGAGGUUCAUGUGGGACCAUGGGGCCACAAUGCUAAGCUUUGUGGUGCAUUUAAGCACCAGUGGAGGGAUGGGAAGCAUGGUUGGCAGGAUGCUACUGUGGAUGAAGUUUUCCCCCCAAAUUAUGUGUGGCAUGUUAGAGACCCUAAUGGACCUCCCUUGGCAUCUGCACUGAAGAGAUUUUAUGGAAAGGCUCCGGCUGUCGUUGAAGUGUGCAUGCAAGCCGGUGCACAGAUCCCGGAUGAGUACAAGCCCAUGAUGAGGCUUGACAUCAUAAUCCCAGACAGUGAGGAGGCAGGACUGAUAAUCUGACCAAAUGCUUGCUGUGUUCAUGUGUAAUUUUACAUGCAUAAUCCUAGCUUGAGAAACUGAUUCAAUGGUCUACCAAAAGGGGAGGCCUUAAGAACAAUCUUCAAAAGCACAUGCAUUUCCCAUGUAUCCAACGUUAGUGUACAUGUAUAUAAGCUAAUAGCGGACAAGUAGGUUUGUCACAAUUUUGGUACGUCAAUUUGUCUGUAUAAUGUCUUCAACUAGUGAAAAGUUAUGUAGGAAGAUCAAUUCGUGUAUUAAUUUAAUGUCUCA